AUGGUUCCUCCAUAUAUCAAAGCUAGAGACUUACAUGGCGUGUUUUAUGAGAACGGAGGAAAGGUUAAUCAGUUGUAUGCAAUCACUGAAGGAAACGUCAGUGUGCGUCAAUUCUGUGACGCCGAUUUGAGAGCUUUGACGUGUUUGACGAAAUUCACUUUGAAUGGUGGGAGUGUCAGUGUCAAAUUUCCAACCUCUCUUGUGGAGCUCCAACUUUCAGGGAGUUCAAAGGCAGAUAAUUUGAGCGAAUUAAAACAACUCACAUUGUUGAAUGGAAUUCCUUGUGGUAAUCAUAGUAGAAAUAAUAACGUAGCAAAUAGCCCUUGCCAAAUAAUUGAUGACAGUGAUGACGAAGUUAAAGAAGAAAAGAAUGAAGAAGAAAAAUAA